AUGGACACCAGGAAGUUCCCCGAUGACGCCAAGAUCGUUCCCCCUACCACCACCCCCAACAUGGGGAGCGGCCCUUCGGACCUGAACCCAGCGGGCGUCUUCCCUCCUACGGACAACAAGCCCGACCCUUCUCCACCCAAGCAGGAGGGUGCCUCCAUCUUCCAGUCCAUUGAGAACCCGUACGCUCUGCAGGAGGCCAUCAACAAGCUCGAGGGGAGUCUGGAUGAGGUGAUCCGCUUGUUUCAGGGGGAGAGGGAAACCCUGGCGAGUGAUGGUGGAUUCGAGAAAGGCAAGGAGGGCAUCGCGCUCUUCAGGGAAUGGAAGCAGACGCUCGAAAAGCUGAAGAAGGGUCAGAUGUAA